AUGAGCUCCUCUCCCGCCUCUGAACUUAUCCACAGAGCCCAAAGCCGAGCCCGCAAGCCCACCACCGACCCACCGCACCCUCCCCAGCCCGGAGCACCAAUGUCUCGCGCCUUCCGCAACCGCAUCCCCUUCCUCCUCGUCGGCAUCGCCAUCUCCGCACUCUUCUUCCACACCUUCCCGAUCGUCGCCGACUCCUCCGAGCCCUCCGCCACGCUCCCGACACGCCGCAUCCUUCUAGAAGAUUCCAGCUACGCAACGAAGGCAACUUCCAAACCCGACGCGGUUCGCGUUCCUGGCGGCGUCAAAGGGCGGAGGAAGAGGAUAGUGGUGACCGGAGGGGCUGGAUUCGUCGGGAGCCACCUGGUGGACCGUUUGAUUGAGAGAGGAGACAGCGUGAUUGUGAUCGAUAACAUGUUCACGGGUAGAAAGGAGAACGUGCUGCAUCACCUUAGGAACCCUAAUUUUGAGCUGAUACGACACGACGUCGUUGAGCCAAUACUUUUGGAGGUUGAUCAGAUCUAUCACUUGGCUUGUCCUGCUUCACCUGUUCAUUACAAGUAUAAUCCUGUCAAGACUAUCAAGACCAAUGUGAUGGGAACUCUAAACAUGUUGGGGUUAGCAAAGAGAAUCAAUGCCCGGUUUUUGCUUACAAGCACUAGUGAGGUGUACGGUGAUCCUCUUCAGCACCCUCAAGUUGAGACUUACUGGGGCAACGUUAAUCCAAUUGGUGUAAGGAGCUGUUAUGAUGAGGGGAAGCGAGUUGCUGAGACUUUGAGCAUGGAUUAUCACAGAGGUGCUGGUAUUGAGGUAAGGAUUGCUCGUAUCUUCAACACAUAUGGACCAAGAAUGAGCAUUGAUGAUGGACGUGUGGUUAGCAACUUCGUUGCUCAGGCAUUGAGGAAGGAACCAAUGACUGUAUAUGGAGACGGGAAACAAACAAGAAGCUUUCAAUUUGUUUCAGACCUGGUAGAAGGCCUAAUGCGACUAAUGGAAGGUGAUCAUGUUGGUCCUUUCAACCUCGGCAACCCUGGUGAAUUCACCAUGCUUGAACUUGCUCAGGUUGUGCAAGAAACCAUAGACAAAAAUGCCAAGAUAGAGUUUAGGCCAAACACAGAGGAUGAUCCUCAUAAGAGGAAGCCAGACAUUUCCAAAGCCAAGGAGCUUCUCGGAUGGCAGCCCACCGUGUCCCUCCGCGAAGGACUUCCUAGAAUGGUCUCUGAUUUCCGACAAAGGCUAUUCGGCGAUUCCAAAGGCUCUCUUGACGGUUCUCUCUCUGCAGAAUAA